CGCAUAAUUAAGUCUAAGAUGAAACUUUGCGUUCUGGACCGUCAGCUCUUCCUUCAUCAGCAAUCCAGCGCUGGUUGGAGGCGUAAUAUCAACCCUACUUCCUGCCAGAUGUGGCUUUGUAUAAAAGCGAGGUAAGCAUGAGACGGAACCCGAGCUUUUUCAGAAGUUGAUCCUGGAUAUCUCGAUCUCUCCUACUCCGGACGGAAAUCUAUUUCGGUCUUGCAGCUUGGAUGGAAAGGCUUCCAGAGCCGCGCCUGCCUCAUGGGGGUCGGGGUGUAGAUAUGCACGCAAAAGCCGCCACACGGAAGACAAAACGGCUUGAUCUGACAUCCCUUUCAAGAUUCCAUACCGCAACCUCUGUAGAAAUAUGAAACGCCUGCUGGCAGAUCCCACCUUUUUCACAUUUCAUUUGGGACAAUGGACAGCACAAAGACUACACCACACGCUACCGCUCUCCACUCAGACUGGGUUGCUUUGCAGGAAAGGCUCGGGACACAUGAGCCGGUGUUAGUCAAUGGCCGAGACCUGACCAUCGCGGACGUUGUAGCAGUUUCGCUAUACAAGGCCCAAGCACUGCUGACGAACGACCCCCGAGAUCUCCAACUUGUCAACGACAGUGUUUCGUUCCUUGACCAUCAGCUGGGGUCGGGCCACGUCAUCUAUGGCGUCAACACCGGGUUCGGCGGAAGUGCCGAUACAAGAACUCAGCAAUUCGAGCGGCUGCAGAGCGCCGCAGUCCAGCAUCUGAACGUCGGCAUUCUGCUCGAAGCUGACAAAACCGACUCUAUCACGAGCCAGCGAGCGAACGAUGGCCUGCUGCGUAGCCAUGCGCUCCCGACCCCUAUUGUGAAGGCGGCCAUGCUGAUCCGAUGCAACUCUUUGAUGCGGGGCCACUCCGGUGUGCGAGUCAGUGUGAUUGAGUCCGUCAUGAGGCUCCUGUCGCUGGACAUGAUUCCGGUGGUGCCGUUACGCGGUAGCAUCUCGGCGUCGGGGGAUCUGUCAACCUUGUCGUACAUUGCUGGCGCGAUCGAGGGCAACCCAGACAUCUUCGUCAAGGCCGUUAGCGAGGAUGGCAAGACGAGCACAAUCUCGGCACACAAAACCCUCAAGGUCGCCGGGCUGGAACCGGUGCGUCUCCAAGCAAAGGAGGGGCUAGGAAUCACCAACGGCACUGCACCCAGCUGCGCGGCAGCAUGCAUUGCGAUACACCAAGCCAACCAGUUAGCCCUCCUGACGCAACUCCUGACCGCGAUGGCGACCGAAGCCCUCGACGGCACCGCCAACAACUACCACUACUUCAUCUCUGCCGUCCGCCCGCACCGCGGCCAAGCCGAAGUUGCUCACAACAUUUUGUCUUUCCUCCACGGCUCCCGAAUCAGCCCUCCUUCCAGCCCCUCUAACAGUAGUGGCGCGACCGACAUUCGGCGCACCGGCCUCGCUCAAGACCGCUAUGCCUUGCGCACUGCACCACAAUGGAUUGGCCCGCAGCUGGAGGACCUCCUCCUCGCAACUCGCCAGGUUGCCACGGAACUUAACUCAACCACCGACAACCCCCUGAUCGACGUCGAGUCCCGCAGCAGAGGCCAAGUCCACCACGGAGGCAAUUUCCAAGCCCACGUCCUGACGUCCGCCAUGGAGAAGACGCUUCUUGCCUUGCAGAACCUGGGCCGCCUGCUCUUCGCGCAGAGCUCGGAGCUGAUCAAUAACGUAACCAACAAGGGCCUGCCGCCGAACCUGUCGCUCGACGACCCCUCGGCUAGCUUCACCUGCAAGGGGUUCGACGUUAACAUGGCCGCCUACGCGGCCGAGCUGGCCUAUCUGGCGCGCCCCGUCAGCGCGCACGUGCAGGUGGCCGAGAUGGCCAACCAGAGCGUCAACUCGAUGGCGCUGGUGGCGGCGCGGUACGCGCUCGAGGCCGCCGAGGUGGUGGCGCUGAUGGCGGCUACACAUGUCUACGUGCUAUGCCAGGCGCUAGACCUGCGGUGUCUGAGGUUGGAGUUUGGGGCCAAGGUUAGGUGCACCGUGGAGGAUGUUUUGCGAUCGUGUUUCUUUACAGGUGACGAUGCACGUGCCUCCGCUGCCGACAACGAAGUAAACCGGACUGCUGGGACAGUGAAAGAAGCGAUCAUGCAGCGGUGGGAUCAGUUGUCCCAUCUGGAUCUGCCAGAUCGGUGUAGAACUGCGGUGGGAGAAUCGUUGGCUACGGUGCUGGAGAGUCUUGGUGAUCGAGCCUCCUUGGAAGGGCUCCGGAAGUAUGAGAAGCAGAUGGCUUUCACUCUGCAUGUCUGCUACGCCGCUGUACGCGCCAAUUUCGUCUUCCAGCCACAAACGCGCCACUACAUCAGUCCUGCAUCGAGGGUCGUCUACGACUUUGUGCGCAACGAGUUGAAGAUUCCGCUCAACAGAGGUGUGCAAGACCAUCCUCCGCUGCAGCAGCAGCAGCAGCGGAGGGCCGAGGUUCUCGGGACGGGAGCCGGUGACGCGUGCGAGAGAACUACUGUUAGAGACGCUUUGCUCCCUGAAGAACAAGUGGAUGCUCGGAGCAGGACCCUGGGGACUAUGGCCAGCGAGAUCUAUGAAGCACUGCGCCGCGGCGAGCUGCAUGAUCGUAUCAUGCGAUUUUGCCAGAACUAGGGGAUUUGGGAUUUGUGAGCCGAGCCGUACACCGUCGUUGGAGAGGAGAUUGAAGACGAAACUGCGGGCUGCGGGCCUGCGGGCAGGGACGACAAUAAGAACCUAGAUUGUACUGUUAACCACUCUGUCGGAG